CUAUUCUGAAUUUGUGUUUGUGUAAGGUGCAGACAGGCACAUCCACUCAGAUGUCAGUUAUAUGCCAGUGUAUUAUGAGGAAGAAAACUACUUCUAUUUUUUACAGUUUACUGUGGGGAUUUUUAUUUGUUAUUAUUUUUUCUUGAAUGUUGUCAAGGGUUACAACGGUUAAGCCUUUGAGGACACUUCCCAGGGACUCUUUGGAUUAAUUCUGUUUUAUAUUGUUUUACACUUUUUUGUAAUCAUGGCAGACUUCCCAUCAAAUGUAACCACAGAGACUAGUACCAAUGCCCAGAGCUCACAGCAGGGGGGCAACACUCUGAGGGGGCUGGCCACUCAAGUCAGCUCUGGCAUGGACAUGUCAUUUGUGAGGAGCAUCCCAGCCAUGCUCAUGAUCGCAGAAAUUGUUCUGGGGCUUCUGCACUGGGCUCUGAUUGCCAGCACUCUCUACACAGUCAUACCUGCGUAUGGCUGGGUCAUGUUUGUGGCUGUCACUUCGUGGCUAUUCACCCUCAUACUAUUCAUCCUCAUACUAUACAGAGUACAGCGAAGGCUCCCAUCUGUGCCCUGGACUCUUGUGGUGAUGGUUUAUCACGGUGUGGUCACAGUGCUCUAUCUGAUUGCUUUCAUCACAAAUGCAGCAUGUGUCUAUCAUGGGUUCUACUAUGGCCAUCUCGCUGCUGCAGCGUUUUUUGCAGCUGUGGUGACCAUAGCAUAUGGUGUGAGUGCUUUCUUUGCCUAUUUGGACUGGAGGGGUGAUGGAGGGAAUGCUGCUACCAACACAGUGCCUACAUAGGAACCCGCAAAGAACAACUUGUGUUCCUCAGGUCCAGUCUGCAGGUCCUUUCGUACCUUCAACAUACUCUUGACCACUGACUUGUCACACUGUUUACACGUAAUUAUCUGUAUAUACAAAUAUUUCAAUAUUUGAAACAAUUUGUGGUAAAAUGGCUUUAAUGACACCUAUUUUAAGCAUUUGUAUUCAUGACUAUAUUAAAAUAUUGUGUAUAUCUAAGAAUGA